UCAUUCACGUUAAUAAUAGAAGCAUGGGAUUGGGAUAAUGAUACAAAAGCUGGUGAAGACUUGUUAAUAGAACGAGUGGCACAUGCUGGCAUGAUCAACCCAGAAGAUCGAUGGAAGACACUACAGUUUAAUGGUCCUGUUGCCCAUUUUGAAGUACAAAUAAGAGUGAAGUGUGAUGAAAAUUACUACAGUGCCCUGUGCAAUAAAUUUUGCGGCCCUCGAGAUGAUUUUGUUGGUCACUACACAUGUGAUCAAAAUGGAAACAAAGCCUGCAUGGAAGGUUGGAUGGGAGAAGAAUGUAAACAAGCUGUAUGUAAACAAGGAUGUAAUUUGCUCCAUGGGGGUUGCAGUACACCUGGGGAAUGCAAGUGUCAUUAUGGUUGGCAAGGACAGUUCUGUGAUGAGUGUGUCCGCUACCCAGGCUGUGCUCAUGGGAGCUGUAAUGAACCAUGGCAGUGUAAUUGUGAAACCAACUGGGGUGGCCUGCUCUGUAAUAAAGAUCUGAAUUACUGUGGAAAUCACCAUCCCUGCCUGAAUGGUGGAACCUGCAUGAAUACUGAACCAGACGAGUAUCGCUGUGCUUGCCCAGAUGGCUACUCUGGAAAGAACUGCGAAAUUGCGGAGCAUGCUUGUGUAUCUAAUCCCUGUGCUAAUGGUGGAAUUUGUCAUGAAAUUUCAUCAGGCUUCAAGUGUCAUUGCCCAUCAGGGUGGAGUGGACCAACAUGUGCUAUUGAUAUUGACGAAUGUGCAUCUAACCCUUGUGCUCAAGGAGGGACCUGUAUUGAUGGUGUUAAUGCAUUUGAGUGUAUAUGUCCACAACAGUGGAUUGGAGCAACAUGUCAGCUUGAUGCUAAUGAGUGUGAGGGGAAACCCUGUGUUAAUGCUUACUCUUGCAAAAAUCUCAUUGGUGGAUAUUACUGUGACUGCAUUCCAGGAUGGACAGGAGUAAAUUGUCACAUCAAUAUUAAUGACUGUCAUGGACAAUGUCAACAUGGAGGGACUUGUAAGGAUGGAGUGAAUGGUUACCAUUGCUUAUGCCCUCGUGGUUUCACAGGAAAGAACUGUGAGACAGAAACAAAUGAGUGUGAAAGCAAUCCAUGCCAAAAUGGAGGCCGUUGCAAAGACCUGGUGAAUGGAUUCAGUUGCCUGUGUUCACAGGGCUUCUCAGGAGUCUUGUGUGAGAUGGAUAUUGAUUUCUGUGAACCUAACCCUUGCCAGAAUGGGGCUAAAUGCUAUGAUCUGGGAGGAGAUUAUUACUGUGCCUGCCCUGAUGACUAUGAUGGAAAGAAUUGUUCUCAUCUCAAGGACCACUGCAAGAACAAUUCUUGUAAAGUAAUAGACAGCUGUACAAUAGAAGUCUUCACUAAUGCCACCCAAGAAGGAAUCCGUUUCAUUUCAUCCAACGUUUGUGGGCCUCAUGGACGGUGUAUUAGCCAGCCAGGAGGGAAUUUUACUUGUGCCUGUGAAAGAGGUUUUACUGGAAUAUACUGUCAUGAAAAUAUCAAUGAUUGUCUUGGGAAACCUUGCAAGAAUGGGGGGACAUGCAUCGAUGAAGUGGAUUCAUUUAGAUGUUUCUGCUCAAGUGGCUGGGAAGGAGAAUUGUGUGACACAAAUUUCAAUGACUGUUCUCCUAACCCAUGUCACAAUGGUGGCCGAUGCAUUGAUUUGGUAAAUGACUUCUAUUGUGAGUGUAAGAAUGACUGGAAAGGCAAAACUUGCCAUUCACGUGAAUACCAGUGUGAUGCAAAUACUUGUAGCAAUGGUGGAACAUGCUAUGAUGAUGGAGAUACAUUCCGCUGUUCAUGUCCUCCAGAAUGGAUCGGAAGUACUUGCAACACUGCUAAAAACAGCAGCUGUAUUCCAAACCCUUGCAUGAAUGGUGGAACAUGCGUUGGCAGUGGAGAUUCCUUUUCUUGCAUCUGCAAAGAAGGAUGGGAGGGACGUACGUGCACACAAAAUACCAAUGACUGCAACCCUCAUCCAUGUUACAAUGGAGGCAUCUGUGUUGAUGGUGUGAAUUGGUUUCGCUGUGAAUGCGCUCCUGGGUUUGCUGGUCCUGACUGCAGAAUUAAUAUUGAUGAAUGCCAGUCUUCCCCUUGUGGAUAUGGUGCCACUUGUAUAGAUGAAAUAAACGGAUACCGAUGCACUUGUCCCCCUGGAAGAAUUGGUCCGAGGUGCCAAGAAGUAAUUGGAAUUGGAAAGCCUUGCUGGCUUAAAGGAAUGACCUUUCCCCACGGCAGCAGGUGGGAUCAAGAAUGCAACAACUGCCACUGUUUGGAUGGCCGUAUUGACUGCACCAAGGUGUGGUGUGGGAAAAAACCUUGUCUGUUACACAAACACUGGGAUAAUUCAAAUAACCAGUGUCCCAUGGGUCAGGAAAAAAAAUGUUUUCAGCCACCAUGCAUGGACUGGGGAGAAUGCAGUGCCUCUGAACCCCUGCCUGCCAACAUCAAGUGUCUGCCUAAUUCUGGGUACUUGGACAAUGACUGUGCUAGAAUUACUUUAAUUUUCAAUGGAGACAAAGUCCCCCAGGGCACUACAACUGAAAAUAUCUGUUCUGAAAUCCGGUAUUUACCGGCUAGUAGGACUGUUUCUAGGGACAGAACUCUGAUAAUAUUGUGUGAUCUGUCUUACUCCACAGAGAAUGCAGUGGAAGUUGCUAUUUCUUUUGUCCCGCAUCGAGAUGAACAAGAUAAUAGUCUUAUACAGAAUGCUGCUAAUACUAUAGUAAAUGCAAUCACUAAGCGACAAAACAGCACUGUAAUGUUGGCAGUAACUGAAGUCAAAGUAGAGACCAUCGUUGUUGGGAAUUCAUCAUCAGAUUACUUGGUUCCAAUUCUUUGUGUGGUAUUUAGCAUUGUGUGGCUGACUUGUAUCAUCAUCUGUGUGUGGUGGACUCGGAAGAGAAGAAAAGAGAGAGAGCGAAGCCGUCCUCCCAGAGAAGAGGGUGCCAAUAACCAGUGGGCGCCUUUAAAUCCCAUAAGAAAUCCUAUAGACAGAUCUUACAGUAACAAAGACAUUCGUUAUGAAUGCAAAAACUUCAUAUCUCCUCAAAAAAGAACUUGUGAUGCAGUAGAGGAGUAUGUAGAGUAUGAGGAAGAGGAGGAUGAAGAGGAGGAAAGAGAUGAGGAAAUGGACAAAUUCCUUUCUCACAAACGCGCAAAGCCUUUGCCAGCAAAGGCCCCUGACACAUCAGAGAGCAGUCCGGUAAAGAAAUCCCAUCAAAUAGGCAAAAUGGACAACAGAUCUGUAAAAAAUGUGAAUGCAUCAAACUUUGAAGGCAGUAGAGACUAACCUGUGUGUAGAACGUAGGCAGACUGCGCCUGCGCUUACUGGGGAGGGGGAAAACUGGUAUCUCCACUUUCCAUCAAGGACUAAAAGUAUCUGGAGUUAAAUGUUCAUAGUUUCUUUAUUUUGCGUAAAAAAAAAAAAUAAAAAUAAUAAAUAAAAUUUAUUUUGUUUCUUUAGCCUUGUAUAAAUUAUUCAAUGACUGUCAGAUGAAAAAAAUGAGUAAUCUUUGAUAGUUGCUAUUUUUGUAAAGUUUACUUAUAAUACACUCGCUGUGUGGCAGAGGAGAGGUUGUAUUUUCAAUAUGUGUAAAGUUUAUUACAAAAGACUGUACACUGUUUACAGAAUGUAUUUCUUUUUAUUACUUGCUCUAAUUUAAUGGUGGCUUUAAAACCUCCUGGUUGAGGAAAUUAUGUGAACUUUAAACUGCUUUCUUGACUUUGAAUCUCUAUUAAUGGCAGCUCACUGCACUUGUUACGUUAGUAGCUUCUGUAAGAUUCUGUUUUUCCAAAUUUGCCUUACACACUUUGUAAUAGGAACAAAAAAAUAAGAGAUCUUUCAAC